CACAUUCAAUCCAUAUUUUUCCCACACAAAAAUUGAAAAAUAAACACUUGGCAAAUCUGAGAGUUGGGUUUUGGACUUUGGUGGUCACACAUGGCUUUUGCUUCACCCUACCAGACAUACAUACCUUUGCCUUCUGACUCAGGUGGCGAAGAUGAUGGCCAUGAGGCACAUUUGUCACUGGUUCCAAUUCACAUAGUAACUCAUGCUUCCCAACUUCCAAUUGAGUUUCUUUCUCCUUCUCCCGAAAAGCAAUUGGUUGUUGGAUUUGAUUGUGAGGGUGUUGACCUGUGCCGUUAUGGAACUCUUUGCAUCAUGCAGCUUGCAUUUUCAGAUGCCAUAUAUUUGGUCGAUGCCAUUCAGGGAGGAGAGAAGCUAAUGAAAGCCUGUAAGCGAGCUCUUGAAUCUAACUUCAUCACAAAAGUCAUUCAUGACUGCAAGCGAGAUAGUGAGGCAUUGUACUUUCAGUAUGGAAUCAAGUUGCAUAAUGUGGUAGAUACACAGAUUGCAUAUUACCUAAUAGAGGAACAACAGGGGCGGACAAGAGCGCCAGAUGACUACAUUUCUUUUGUUGGACUCCUUGCUGAUCCACGCUAUUGUGGUAUAUCAUAUACUGAGAAGAAAGAGGUUCGUGUCCGUCUAAAGCAGGAUCCAAAAUUUUGGACACAGAGACCCCUAUCUGAAUCAAUGGUCCGCACAGCUACUGAUGAUGUCCGCUUCCUCCUCUAUAUCUUCUACAAGAUGAUGGAAAAGUUGAAUGAAAGAUCUUUAUGGCAACUUGCUGUUCGUGGUGCACUUUAUUGCCGGUGUUUUUGCUACACUGAUAAUGAAUAUGCAGAUUGGCCUUCAAUUCCCACUAUUCCAGGUUUUUUUUUUUUUUUUUUACCUGUUACUCUGGGGUCAUCAUUUAUUGUAGAACAUAGAGAAUAUUACAUCACUGUGGAAGAGUCUGCUCCUGAACAAGAGAUUUUGUCAGUGCUUAACAUUCCUCCUGGAAAAAUGGGACUUGUAAUUGGUAGAAAAGGAGCUUCCAUCUUGUCAAUCAAAAACUCUUGCAAGUAA